AUGAAGCACGGUAUUUAUACGUAUGAUAAUUUAGGUACCAAAAAAGGAAUAACAUAUUACAGAUGUGCAAGACGUGGAGGGAAUUUUUGUUCAGGAUCAUUGAAAAAGUUGGCGGAUGGCACAUUUAUUACUAUUAAACCACAUAAUGGCCACCAAGCCCAUAAUCCUAAUGAGGCAUUGGUUAGAGCAUUGAGGGAAGUUCUUAAAAGAAGGGCUUCAUCAGAAAAUUUGACAUUGAAGCAUAUUUAUGACGAAGAAGCUAGAAGAAAUCCUGAAGCUUCUAGCCUGUAUCCAUAUUCAACUGCUGAAAGUAUUAUGCGACUAGCCAGAAGAUCGUCGCUGCCAUCUCUGCCCCAUUCUCUGGCUGAUUUGGCUACUAUCUUUGAUGAAGGACGUUUGCAUCGUUACUCUUGCUGUGGUGAAAUCAUGUUUAAGGGUUGUGUGCAAGAUGUUGAUGGCCGAGCAUGCAUGAUUUUUUCAUGCACCGCCCUACUACAAUUAGUUUUGGCUAACAAUAUUGACGAAGUGCAUGUAGAUGCGACUUUUAAGGUUGUGCCUUCAAACAUGGGAAGUCAGUUGUUGACUAUCCAUUGUAUGAUUGACAAUUAUUCUAUACCUAUAGUUUACUGUCUCAUGGAAUGUAAAACGAGAAAUACGUACAACUGCGUUUUCAACUUUUUAAAGACAAAUUUGCUGGCCAACCUCAAUCCAUCCAUUAUAAUAACGGAUUAUGAAACUGCCCUGAGAGAUACUCUCACAUUUAUAUUUCCAACUGCACGAAUCACCGGGUGUUGGUUCCACCACAACCAAGCAGUUUGGCGAAAUAUGAAAAAAAGAGGAUUUUUACAAUUAAUAAACACAAAUGAAUUUGCUUCAAAAGCUCUAAGGAUGCUAUUUGCAUUACCAUUGUUACCAUCUGGUGAUAUACAGCGAGCAUUUGAUAUGGUAAGAAUGUUUGCUGUGAAUCACGGAAUACCAAUGUCAAGUUUAUUUGAUUACUAUGAUAACUAUUGGCUCAGACAAGUUGGAUCAAACAUUAUUUCAGUUAAUGGUUUACCAAGACGAACAAAUAAUAGUCUCGAAAGUUUCCAUAAUACUUUGCGGAACAAAUUUAAUGUCACUCACCCUAACUUAUGGAUAUUUUUAGAUCACCUAUCUCACUUGAGUAUGAACUUCCACACUAUUAUGGCUCAGAUAAAUAAUAAUUUAAGGCCAACAAGCAACCACCGAAUAAAUUAUAGACAUUUAAAUUCAAUCCAACACGCUUGCCAACAAUAUACUCUAGGGCUGAUAUCUAUGUGGCAGUUUCUUCAAAGAAUGUCGCAUGCUACAACAACAUAUGAACAACAGCAACGAAAUUGGGCACUGCAUGUAGAUAAUGAACCGCCAAUAGUUGUUCAACCAGCAGCCCCAAUACCAGGAGCUGCAGAUUUGGUGCCAGUUGUUGCACUAGUACCGGUAGGUGCUGAUCUAUUCCCAGUUAUUGCACCAGUACCAGUAGCUGCAGAUUCAGCAGAAGUUGUUGUACCAGUACCAGUAGCUGCAGAUUCAGCAGAAGUUGUUGUACCAGUACCAGUAGCUGAAGAUUCAGCAGAAGUUGUUGUACCAGUACCAGUAGCUGCAGAUUCAGCAGAAGUUGUUGUACCAGUACCAGUAGCUGCAGAUUCAGCAGAAGUUGUUGUACUAGUACCAGUAGAUGCAGAUUCAGCAGAAGUUGUUGCACCAGUACCAGUAGCUGCAGAUUCAGCACAAGUUGUUGCACCAGUUCCAGUAGCUAAUUUAUUGCCAGUUAUUGCACCGACAGAUGCAGCUGAAAUACUGCAGCUGUUAGAACCAGUUGGCCAUCCUUACCAUCUACAAGAUAAUGGCAGACAUAGAAACCAGACACCAAGAGUAGAUGGACGUGAGAGAAACGGAAGGCAAUUUAAUAUAGUCCAAGCUUUUUAUGCAGAAGUUGAAAAUGAAGUAGAGCCGCAACAAGAAAAUGAAAUUCUUGAACUAUGCAUAAUUUGCUACAGCGGAAUUACUACUACUACAGUAGUACCUUGCCAGCACCAUUUCUGUAGAGUAUGUAUUGAGAGGUGGUUGCGGGAAGGUAGAAGAGGUUGUCCGCUAUGUAGAACUGAUAUAAUUAUGCUACAAAAGUAA